AUGCUGGUCAAUGGAGGAUACGAUGCAGUAUCCGCCAUCUGCACCUCCCCCGCCCUCACCUUUCUCAAGGUAGCGGAUCUCCCUAAAAAAGCGUUCCAAACAGAGCAUUUCUUCGAGGUGCAGUUUCCCAAGACCUUCCUCGAGACCUGCGUCAUAGGACUCUUGCCCAGCAUCAUCGGCCAGAUCAAGCUACAAGCCCCAAUGUUGAACGAGGCGCUUCUCCUGGCCAGCUGGAAUAAGAAGUACGCCACUGGCAUUGCCCUCAACACCUUUUACGAGACGGAUUCCCGCCUAAAGGGAGUGCCUGGCAAGUAUGUGCCGCCUUCCAACACGCCAUCCGGCCGCCUCAUGACGGUUCUCGGUGACUGGGGCAAUAUGGAGAAUCUGCUCCUAGUCAAGUCGCACGUCAACUGGGUAAAGGGCCAGCUCUUUAGCCUUAACAACCCUAUGGCCGAAGGCAAGCUUAAGACAAACAUCGCCGAGGCCCUAGCGGGCGACAAGGGCAGCGCCAUGAAGAUUGAAACGGUGCUCAAGCAUGUCUUCUCAGUCUUUGACUACCUAAACGAUGCUACCGCUAAGAUUGUAGAGCGCAAGACACUCAAUGCCAUCACGCAAGAGAUCACUAACAUAGAAAAUCACAUUCCCGAGCUCAAGGGCAUUAAGGCUAUCUUUGAUAAGUUUAUGCCCACGUACAAGGCGGCUGUCCUAAAGAAAGCCUAA